AGGCAGCAACAAAUAAUUAAAGUCCAUUAAUAAUAAAUAAACAACAAAUAAACGAAGCAAUGAUCACGCAUCCGUUUCAACAACCAUCGCCGUCCACCCCCGAGACCAGCGCACCACCCAAACAAAAACCAGAGCGCCGGGCGCCUCCUCCGAGACGCCGCCCGCCAUCACAGAUCGCACGCACGCGGCCACGCCCCUACGCCGGCAGCUUCCGGUAGCCUCUCCUAGCCCGUACGCCCCCCGUCCCCUCCCUCCCUCCCUCCUCCUCCCUCCUCGUGCGUGGCCGUCGUCGUCUCCACUUCCACUUCCGCACCAGACCACCACCACCUUUCCACCCCUUUGUCUCUCUGUGUCACAAACUGUCUUGUUCGUUUCCGCCAAGAAGGGAGAAGGAAGGAAGAAGCGGCGCGGGAGUCCAACCAACGCGCGAGCGCCCCUCUCGAGAUGGCAUCCGCCGCGGCCGCGACGCGCCCACUGGCGCCGCCCCCGCCUCCGCCACCACCGCCUCCGCCGGCGGCAGCGGCGGUGCAGUGGCUGGGGCCGCGGGUGUCGUUCAGCCUCGACGACGCGGGGGGAGCGGGGAGGGAGGCGGCGGCCGUGGUGGCGGGAGGGAAGGUUGGGCCCAGCGCCGGCGCCGACUUCGAGUUCCUGCUUGGUGGGUGCGCGGCCGCGUCCAUGCUCCCCGCCGACGAGCUCUUCUCUGGCGGCAAGCUCGUGCCGCUCCGCAUCCCCGCGCCGUCGGCGGAUGAGGAGGUGGGGGCGGCGGCGGCGGCGGCGGCGCAGUCGACGGCGCUGCCGCCGAAGCAUGCGCAGGCGCCGGCGUCGGUGGCGGCGCAGCAGCCGGAGACGCCAAGGGCGGCGGAGGCGAAGACCGUGGCCGUGGCCGGUGCCGAGGAGCCCAAGAUCCCGGCGCGGAGGUGGCGGGAUCUCCUCCGGCUGCGGAAGCAGCAGGCCUCGUCGGUGUCGGGCUCCGCGUCGUCGGCGACCGCGGCCUCCGAGCCCAGGCCGCUGCGCCGGCUCCUCCGCCGCGCGCCCAAGCCGCCGGAGCCGGAGCCGUCCCUGAGCCUGCCACUCCUCCGCGAGGCCGGCCCUGACGAGCCGGACAAGCCCGCCGAAAAGUCAGCGUGCACGCCAGCCCCAGCCUCCGCGCCGUCGCCGAUCUCGACCACCGCGCCGCCGCCACCAGCACUGUCCCAGCAGCACCAGAACCUGCCUCCCAAGAUCCGCCUCACCCCAUCGCAGCAGCAGGCGGCGGCGGCCGCGAUAUCGCCCCCACCCCCGCCGCCGCCACCGCCUCCUCCUCCCUCCGCCGUGGCCGCCGACAGCCCGCGCCUGAACGCGGCGGGCAAGGUGGUGUUCAACGGUCUGGGGCGGAGCUCGAGCAGCCCGAGCAGCCUCGCCGGCGGGCGGCGCGGCCACGGCCACGGCCACCGCGCGGGUGGCGGCGCCAUGGAGCGGUCCUACUCGGCGCACGUCCGCGUGGCGCCCGUGCUCAACGUCGUGCCCGUCUGCUCCCUCCGCGGCUCCCGCAAGUCCGUCUCCGUCUUCGGCAUCGACCGCCUCUUCGCCCCGUCGGGCGCCGCCUCCUCCUCCGGUAACACCUCCGCUUCCUCUUCCUCGUCCUCCGGCGGCGGGACCAAGAGGAGCAAGGCUGCCAAGAAGGACGCAACCGCCGCUGGCCAGUAACUUGCUGGCAAGACAAGACAUGACCGCCAUUGAUGAGUUGGUUUCACAAUCCCCGUGCCUGGUUGAUCCUUGAUUAGGCAGUUAGCAAUUUACCACCACCUCUUGUAGCGAGUGUUUCCUGCAAUCCUGCCGACGAACCAGUUGGUUAAUCUGGCAUGUAAAUACAGGCGAGAUCGAGUCGGAUGAACGAGUGAAUGAAUGGGCAAGUGAGUUUUUGCCGUUUCUACA